GAACUUAACUGCUAAGAGCACCAAAUCCCAGAAGGGGCUCCUUGGCGACAUUUUUCCCAGAUGGAACAGACCAAGGCUGCCCCGAGGGUGUCCAGCUUCGCUGACCGAGGGCGGGCCUGACCUGAUGUCCCGACCCCUUCCAGCCUUGGGACGCGGGGGGAGCUGCGAGCGCUGCAGGACUCCCGCCCCCGACGGACGCGGCAGGGCCCGGGGGUUUGGGUGGGGAAGGAAGGAGAGGCAGCGGGGCCGUUGCUAGGGGAAGGGCGGCGGGGCUGGCUAGGAACGCAGGCGGCGCCACCAGGCGUUGUUGGGCUCUGCGGCUCCAGCUCCCGCAAACCUGUUGCUCCCUUCUCCCGGCCCAGGUCCCAGCGCCGCCCUCAUCCCACUCCCACCGAGCGGCCCCGCCCCCUCACGCUCCCGUUUUAAAGAAACGAGCGCGCACGCGCGGUGACGGUAAGAUGGCGAAGAGGCUACCUUUUGCGGUUCCCACCGGGAGUGACAAAGUCUCGCUGGUGUGGGAGCUGAGCUCUGGACCCACGGCCGAGGCCUUGCAACAUUCUCCGUUCACAGCCUUCUCCCAGUUUGGCCUCCUGUAUUCGGUCCGAGUCUUCCCAAACGCUGCAGUGGCCGGUCCUGGGUUCUAUGCCAUCAAACAGUUUCAUUUGGCAAGGGAUGCCCACAGAGCCCAAAAGGCAUGUGACGAAAAGCAGCUUUUUCAGACAUCUCCAGUGAAGGUUCGUCUUGGCACCAGACAUAAGGUGGUUCAACACAAUGCCCUUGCCCUGAACAGCUCCAGAUGCCAAGAAUUGGCAUUUUACUACUUUGGUUUCAGUGGGUGGUCAAAGAGGAUCAUCAAGCUUCAGGAUCUUUCUGACCUUGAAGAAAGGGAAGAUGAAGAUUCUGUGGCACCACUUCAGAAGCAAAGCCUGAAGUUCUUCUGUGCUUUAGAGGUGGUGUUGCCAUCCUACAAGUGCAGGAGUCCUGGAGUUGGCGUGGCUGAGGAACCUUUGGAUAAGUUGGAGGAAGGUCUUGGUAAAAUAGCUGUGGCAUAUACACCCUGUGAAGAGAACGCAGAUGCUAGAACUGAAGAGGAACUACAGGAUUUAAUUCAAAUACACUACUCUUCUUGUCAGCGAUGUGGCCAAGGGGAGGAAGAAUGUCUCUCAGACUGGAGCUUUGAGGAGGAAGCGUUCAAAUUGCCAGAACUGGACUAG